GCCAAAAAGUCAAGAAAGAGAAUCAGACAGCAUCUUCCUUGUACAUAGUCCUAUACCAACUAACAAAACCUGUCUAUCUGUCUUUUCUUUUUUUGUUGUUAUUGUGUUUUUCUUCUUCUGAAAUUCUUUCUCCAUCCAAAACUUGGUAAGGUGAAAAGGAUCGUUGUAAUCUAUGACUGAGGAUUGGAAUUGCUUCACUGUUGACUUGAUCAUUCUCAAUGUAGCUCUGGCUUGUGUUGAUGGAUUUAUUGCCUUCAUUGCAUUUGCUCAGGUCCUCAGGAUUCACAUGCGAAGUCGACAAAUUGGUUGGACUCGCCAAAAAGUACUUCAUAUCAUGGUUGCUACUUCCAACUUAGGGUACUGUGUAUAUUUUGCAAGUACUGUUUUUGCUACUUGUAAUGGGUGGUAUUGCUGGUAUGGUGUUUGCGGUUUUAUUCUUAUGGCCUCUCCCAAAGUCAUGUUUUUAGCCGCAUUUCUACUCCUGCUAUCGUUCUGGGUCGACCAUUGCCAUCAGGAAAAUGAAGAAGAAUUGGACGACGAGGAUAAUGUCGAAAAUAGGACCCAGCAGGCCUUGUUGGAAGGUAUGAGGGAGCAACAUGGUUUAGGUCCCAUCAAAAGCAGCCGGAGAUGUUGCUCAAUCCAAGGCGUUCACAUUGGUAGCCGACAAAAAUAUGUCGUAAUGAUUGUGGUUCUGAUCUUUGCCGUGAUGAUGGCAUUUGCUAUACUGAUCUGCGUUGGAAAUGACACGAAUCCAAUAGAUCCGUCAAUUGUUGCUCGGGUAUAUGAAUCAUUUCUUGCAGUAAUGAUAAUUAUAUUGGCUGGAGCAUUAGGCUGCUAUGGUCUCUUUCUAUUCUUCAAAUUAAGGAAAGUACGAUCCGAGAAUGCUUCAUCGGAAAUGUGGAAGGUUAUCAGUUUAGCAAUUAUUUCUAUCGUAUCUUUUUCAUCAAGUGCAUUAGUAGCUCUGAACACAGAUAUCCCUCUUUUCUACCAUUGGCAUUUAAAGUUCAUAUAUGGAGUUAAAGCUUUUGUGUACUUGAUCAUUUAUUAUUUUAUAGGUUCUUCUCUGCCGUCAGCUUAUUUGUUAUGGAUAAUUAGAGAAAUGCCGCCUCCAGGCAUUGAUAGUAUACAGGAAGAACCAGGAGGAACAUAUACUUUCAUCAGCCACGCCGACGAGGCAUCUGGUUCAAUUCAUCCUUGGUCAUGGACUGCUGAUACAAGUUCAAAGAAUCAGAUUACACGCAGCCAUGUUGAAGAUAUCACAUGACCUUUCUUUCAUUGCAGAUAUCAAGAGCAAGUCCAAUAUGAGUGAACUCUGUGACUGUUUGAGCUUCUUAUACUCCAGCUGAUGAACAAAUGUUCUAACGACGUGUCCCGAGUAUAUGAUGAAUUGUGAUUCCGACAAGUGACAAGGCAAUUGAAGUGUUUAUUAGUUGGCUUCCUAUAAUCAUUCAAGUGGAAAUGUAUGGAUUAGAUUUCUCCUGAUAUGUUUCAACAUGCCAUGGUAUAUAUGUCAAUAUAUAUAGUAUAGCUGCAAUUUGUGCUCAUUUAGUAAAAGCUCCUAUGAUGCUAUGCAUGACUACUACAUUGUACAUAUAUGAAUGUAAUCAAAGGUAAUAUGGUUGUAAAUUGAUAGUGAUGAAUUUGGGAGCACACUCAAGAGGUUUUUAGUUUGUUAGUGAAAUGAUACUUUCUUCAUGUCCAUGACUUAGCAACCAUGCAUCAAAUAUUAUGUUUUGUGAA